AUGGUCGAAACGUCAGUGAUAAAAUCUAGCUCAAUGACCAAACUGAGUACCACCGGUACUGCGCUCAACGCGAACGGAACAGAUUCAUCUGCGAAUUUGGACGAUCAUUACAAUCCUUCUGUAAGAAUAUUGCACAUUCCCAAACAACCAGAUGGAUCGUGCGGGUUUCAUCUAUCACGAAGCAAAUGGGAUCCAUAUCCUUGGGUCAGCGGAGUAGACGAAGAAUCGCCAGCCGAAGUGACCGGUUUGAAGGCAGGUGAUUGUGUACUGGAGGUGAACAAUGAGGACGUGCUCGGAAUGAGAAUCGCUGAAGUUGCCGGCAUGGUUCGCUCGAAAUCAGACAUCGUAACGCUACUGCUAUGGAGCACCGGCAUGGAACCAACGUGCAACUCGGAGUCACUAUGUUGUGGACCGAUGCCGAUCAAUUUGGAACGCUUGUCGGCCAGUAUGCAAACCAUUGUCGCCGCAUUGGAGUGUCCCGUAUGUUUCGAUACCAUUCCACCGCCAGUAUUUCAAUGUCAGAAUGGUCAUUUGGUUUGUUCUCGUUGCCGCGUGCGGUCGGAGAGAUGUGCCAUUUGCAGGGAACGCUAUAGUUUUGGUCGGUCACUGCUAGCCGAACAAGUUUAUCAGUCAAUUGCGGAAUCAUUCAACUUGACUGAAGGUAAUGAUGGAAAACUUCGAGAAAGGUUGUUUGGAGCCAAAUGUGCUCGAAAGAAACAACGCAGUCCAUUUAACAGUGAAGGCCAUUUGCCGGCAGGGAAACCAAUCCAUUCGCAUACGCACAAAUUUUUGGCACGGAUCAUGGGAAAAUCAUCCUCCGUAGACAACUUAAGCAAAAACUCAAACUGUGAUCAACACGAUGAGCUACAAGGAUUAAAAACCAAAUCUCUGUCGUUGUCGUCUAGCGAAAUUUUCCGACGAGAUAAUACAGUUUCCAUACCUCGGUGUACCUCAUCCAAUCGGUUAGCCCCGGAACUGGCGGCUUCUUGCAACAGUUUGACUACUAGACGGCCGACAUCUUCCCUUUCCUGUAAUGUUUCAGCGGAAAGUUUGGGCAGCAUACCGGAAAAUGGCAUCCAAAUCACAGUUCCACCUAGUGCAACCCCAGCAAGAGUAGCCUCCUUGUUCUGUCCAUGUGGCGACUAUUGCAAUGAUAAGAUAAACGCUUCCGAACUGGAGCAGCACGUAACUGAGCAUCACUGCACGCCUAUCAUUUCGUUUGGCACGGCAUCGGCGGAGAUUUCGUUUCCGCCAAGGACACCUGUUGACAAUGCCUGCUUGGUGUUGAUUCUUGAUGGUCAUAAAUUUUGGCUAAAAUUAAUCUCGAGUCCGAGCCCGACCGGGGAUAUCUUCAUCUCGGCAUUACUACAAGGAGGUGAGAUUCUAAGCCGAAGUUAUGCACUGGAAGUAGUCAUACGAAAAGCCGGUCUGAACCAGUUGCUCGGAAAGGAGCUAAUUUCACGCUCGAAGAUACACUCAAUGGAAACCAAAUCGUGGAAUGAUAUCAGUAACACCAGAAGUGGAAUAUAUUAUACGAAUGAGUGUAUUAAAUCAACGUUUGAUCCGGAAACGGAAGUUCUGCUGAAAGCGAGCAUUAAACGUUUAUCAGAGCUUUAA